CGACAGACGCUCUAAGACAUGGAGGGGGUAUGGUCGCGACGGCUUCUUGUCAGUGGGUGCAACGGAGCAGACCUGCGCGGCUGCUCGCUCCUCUGGACGGACGGUGACGCUCACUCGCUCGCUGUACAGAAGCCCGUGACUUUGAUCGUUGUUUUGAUUGACGUCUGACACUCUCGUUGUGUGGGCGCAUGGACAUCUUCGUCGCAUGUUUGUCAUGAUACCGCCAAGCCGUCGAGCCGCCGGGCAGAACAGCUAAUAACCUACUAGUAAUGCGCACCGCACCGCCCCCCAAGGGAGGGAAGGGGUUCCUGUCUCGACCGACCGACGAGCCGCCUGCCUGUUCACCGCGCGUCGUGCGGGAUGUCCGGCCAAGCUCCGUAAAAUCCGGGGGCCCAAUGUUUAAACUGCAAGUCUGCUGAUGCUAGCGGUUCGGUUCGCCCAAGUGCAAGUACUACAUCACAAGAACAAGCAGCAAGCAAGCCGCCAUCACUAAACUUCCUAGCGUGGAGUCGUGGACCCCCCAGUUCAUCUUGGCCAUCACCAUGACCCGAGACUCUUACUCUGCGGGGGGAGGGGCAGGGGCCACCACGACCACGACGCAUGACUGAUUACUUGACUUGGCUGGAUGGGUGGCUGGCACGAGUCACGGCGUGGAUGCUCCUCCCUCCUUCUGCCGAACAUGUAAUCGCAGCCUUCGGUGAUAAAGUCUAAUUCUUGGCAGCAGAUCCCCCCCCGGUCGGAAGCUGCGGUAGGCACGGAUCUGGGGGGUUUCCAACUCGAUGCGCGCCAAGUCAUCUGCGUGUGAGAAGGAGCAAGAGGAGGAGGAGAUCUAGCUACUAAUGCUGGUGGUAUCCGGUUCGGUCUGUUCGCCGCCAUGGCCUGCCCUCCUCUCCUGGUGUCGCACCUUUUGACGGCCGUGCGUGCGUGCGCCAUCGUCGCUCGCCCGAACCUCUUCGUCAUCGAUUUCGUGUCCCCGGGACAGGACGUGCAAUAGACUCGUUUCCCAUUUACAUUUCACUACGGUCGAGUUCACCCUAAAACACCGAGUGACCCGGGCUGCCUCGCUCAACCCUUCUCCUACUUCAAUCCGUCGUCCCCUACUACUAAGCUAUAACACGUCCCGAACGAACGUACCCGCGAAUCACCACAGCCAUCAAUGCGCACGCCCACGGCGCAUCUUGGCUUCGGCCUUUUGGGCUUGCUACACGUAUCCAUCGCCCGUCAAGUCCGCCUAAGCGCCCUCAAAGACACGACACAGGACCGCAUCGAAGCCUCCUCGUGGUGCGACCGCGGCUGCUAUGAAGCCGAGGCGCUGCAAACGUAUCGCUCUUUUGACGCCGCCGCUCCCAAGGUCGAGGUCGUGCUCGCGAAUGACCGAUGCGAUGGCGGGCUCACCUUCAUAGAGCCUGACGGCUGGCAAGCCUAUGGAUCCGGGUUGGCGGUUUUUGACGGCAGAGGGGACCUGGUUUGGACGCCUACGCGCUGGGCCGAGACGAGGGACGCGAGGGUACAGAGCUUCGACAAUGCUUUGUACAUGACUUUUUGGGUCCGUGACGGGGACUCGGACGUCGGGCAUUACAUCAUGCUUGACGAGACCUACACCGUGGUCAAAGAAAUCCGCCCUGGAGGUGGCAUAUAUGGCGACGUUCAGAGCCUCCUCAUCACUGAUGACGGCACUGCGAUCAUCACCAUUGAUCUGCAGACGAAGAGGCGAUCUCGGACGGGCGCUUCUACACGGCACGAUCACGGCAGCGUCUUUCAGGAGAUUGAUCUUGAAUCGGGUGCCCUCAUCUUCGAAUGGCAUGCCUCCGACCAUCCCACGGAUUCGUCCGAAGCCCGGCAUCUGGCCCGGACGCAGGCUCUUCCCAACGGAAACACAUUACGUUAUGGAAGCGAAAGUUCAGGCUUUGUUGAGCUUUCGCCAGAAGGGCAGCGGCUGUGCGAAAUGCGUAUCGGUCGUACUCGACACACAGCCCAGAGAGGGCGAAGCAGCCGGGUAUACCGAGUGUCCAAGUUCCCCUGGGUAGGUCACCCGCAUACGAAGCCGUCAAUAGCGGUACGCCCAGAGGGAGAUGGCGACGAGCACGAGGCCAGUUUGUACGUGAGCUGGAACGGAGCUACCGAAGUGCGCGCGUGGGUGCUCCAGAGUGGACCGACCGCGGACAGCACUGCGUUCAUCAACCAUUUGACGGUCGAGCGCCAGGGUUUCGAAACGAGGAUAGCUGUGCCGGUCAAUUCGGAGCGUCACUUGCGGGUGCUUGCGCUGGACAAGGACUGGCGCUUUCUCGGGCACUCGGACAGUGUGCCGCGACGAGGAUAGAUGGUAGCCUGCUUGGGGUUGGUAAAUGCUGUGACGAAGUGACGAAUAGCCCUCGAUGUAUAUAUGGGAGAUGGGGCCGGUUGGGUCAUAGAAUAGCCUGGAUCAACAUGUUACUAUCGCGCCAUGUCGGAUGACACGGCUCACAUGGGCUGGGACAGUG